ACGCACUCCAAAAUUUAGGGUCGGCUGUUGCGAGUGCCGUCCCGACCGCAGCAGCGGAGGAGGAGGAGAGGACCGCAGCGGUGUAAAACUGUAGAAGUAUCGUCUUUACGCUUCACUACACGGACAGACGUCGCAGCUGGAUGAUCGUAUAACCAGAUUAGAGCUCAUCUCGAUCGGCUGUAUCGCGGUUUUCUCCGCAAAACAACCGACAUCGGCACAGGCUGACUGAGUCGCACCUGACACGGAGCAUGGACAACAAAGCCUGAUCCAGCACUGCGCCGUGCGGCAGCGAAGCAAACCGAGCCAAGCUGCCGAGGAAACCUCCAACAAACUCAUUUAUCUAAAAGCUUUGUACUGCACACAGAGACGUUGCUGUUGCAUAAGGAGGUUUGUGUGCACGAAAUUUAGUGUUUGGACUGCCACAUAUCGCCUGUCGCAGGCCGUUUCGGUCCGAUCCGUGCCGUGCUGGUUUAAUUAUAGUAGCACACUUGCUUGCGCUCUUACUUUGGCUCGGACAUCCAUCAUUAGACGAUAUUUUUAAGGGUCGAGGAUCGCUCAGGAAAACAUCAGGCCUCCAUCGGCGGUUUUAAUAAUUUAAUAAUCCUUUGUGGACACAAUCACACACAUCCAGAUCGGACUAGUUUGAUGGUCGCCGUCAGCAACCCUGUGUGUUCAAUGUUCCCUUAAAACAAACAGGAGAAUUAUGUGGGUCAGUCCCGAAGAUGUGUUACUGGCGGGCGCAUUAUGGAUCACCGAGAGGGCGAAUCCAUAUUUCAUCCUCCAGAAACGAAAGGGCCACGGAGGUGGAGGCGGAGGACUGGCGGGUUUGCUGGUGGGCACCCUGGAUGUUGUCCUGGACUCGAGCGCUCGAAUGGCCCCGUAUAGGAUUCUGUACCAGACUCCUGACUCUUUAGCUUACUGGAUCAUUGCUCAUGGAACCUCCCGUAAAGAGAUCACAGAGCACUGGGAGUGGCUGGAGCAUAACCUGCUGCAGACUCUCUCCAUCUUUGAAAAUGAGAAUGACAUUACCACCUUUGUCAAAGGAAAGGUCCAGGGCAUCAUUGCAGAGUACAACAAGAACCACGACGUCAAAGAGGACGACGACACAGACAAGUUCAAGGAGGCCAGCGCUAAAUUUCGUAAGCUGUUUGGGAUGCCCGACGAGGAGAAACUGGUCAACUAUUACUCCUGCAGCUACUGGAAGGGCAAAGUUCCACGGCAGGGAUGGCUCUACCUCAGCAUCAACCACCUCUGCUUCUACUCCUACUUACUAGGAAAAGAAGCCAAACUGGUGGUGCGUUGGGCAGAUAUCACCCAGCUGGAGAAGAGCGCCACGCUCCUGCUGCCUGAUGUGAUCAAGGUGAGCACACGCUCCAAUGAACACGUCUUCUCCGUCUUCCUCAACAUCAAUGAGACCUUCAAGCUGGCGGAGCAGCUGGCGAAUAUCGCCAUGCGUCAGCUCCUGGACAACAAAGGCUUUGAACAGGACCGCUCGCUGCCGAAACUCAAGAAGAAGUCACCCAAGAAGGUUUCAGCACUCAAGAGGGAUCUGGAUGCGAGAGCUAAGAGUGAGCGUUACCGGGCGCUCUUCCGUCUGCCCAAAGAUGAAAAACUGGACGGUCACACAGACUGCACCUUGUGGACUCCCUUUAACAAAAUGCACAUCCUGGGACAGAUGUUUGUUUCCACCAACUACAUCUGCUUCACCAGUAAGGAAGAGACGCUAUGUAGCCUCAUCAUCCCCCUACGUGAGGUGACCAUUGUGGAGAAGGCAGACAGCUCCAACGUGCUGCCCAGCCCGCUCUCCAUCAGUACCAAGAAUCGUAUGACUUUCCUUUUUGCUAACCUGAAGGAUCGAGACUUCCUGGUACAGAGGAUCUCCGACUUCCUGCAGCAGACCACCUCCAAGAUCUACCUCGAGAGGGAACUUACCGGCAGCCUCAACAGCUCAGAUGACGAGGUUUACUCCCAGCAUGGAUCCCUGCUCUCCAGCAGCCCGCAGCACAGUUUGGGUUCAGAGAGUGAGCGAACAUUUAACCUUAACGACAGCAGUGUGCCCACAGCCACACAGGCCCUCAUGACUAUGUACCGCCGCCGUUCACCCGAGGAGUUCAAUCCCAAGCUGGCGAAGGAAUUCCUGAAGGAGCAGGCCUGGAAGAACCACUUCACUGAGUUUGGACAGGGGGUGUGCAUGUACCGCACUGAGAAGACGAAGGAGCUGGUCCUCAAAGGGAUUCCUGAGAGCAUGAGAGGGGAGCUCUGGCUGCUAUUCUCUGGGGCGAUCAACGAGAUGGCCACCCACCCCGGUUACUACGAAGACCUGGUGGAGAAGUCGAUGGGCAAAUACAACCUGGCAACAGAGGAGAUAGAGAGGGACCUGCACCGCUCUCUCCCCGAGCACCCUGCCUUUCAAAACGAGAUGGGCAUCGCUGCCCUCCGCAGGGUCCUCACCGCAUAUGCAUUCAGAAACCCCAACAUUGGAUACUGUCAGGCCAUGAAUAUUGUGACAUCGGUUUUGCUGCUCUAUGCCAAAGAAGAGGAGGCUUUUUGGCUGCUGGUGGCGCUCUGUGAGAGGAUGCUACCCGACUACUACAACACAAGAGUCGUAGGAGCUUUAGUCGAUCAGGGGGUGUUCGAGGAGCUUGCUCGCGAGUACGUUCCCCAGCUAUACGACUGCAUGCAGGACCUUGGGGUCAUCUCCACUAUUUCGCUCUCCUGGUUCCUCACCCUCUUCCUGUCUGUCAUGCCGUUCGAGAGCGCGGUGGUGGUGGUAGAUUGCUUCUUCUACGACGGCAUCAAGGUCAUCUUCCAGCUGGCGCUGUCCGUGUUGCAUGCCAACAUCCACCAGCUGCUGGGCUGUAAGGAUGACGGCGAGGCCAUGACUGUACUGGGCAGGUACUUGGACAGUGUGACCAAUAAGGACAGCACCCUGCCUCCCAUCCCCCACCUGCACUCUUUACUGACAGACAACGGAGAACCACAUCCAGAGGUCGACAUUUUCAAACUGGUCCGCAGCUCCUAUGAGAAAUUUGGCUCCAUCCGUGCAGAUGUGAUCGAACAGAUGCGUUUCAAACAGAGACUGAGGGUCAUCCAGACUAUUGAAGAUACAACAAAACGCAAUGUGGUCAGAACUAUUGUAACAGAGACUGCCUUCAGUAUUGAUGAGUUGGAGGAGCUCUUCGUGCUCUUCAAGGCAGAGCAUCUGACCAGCUGCUACUGGGGCGGCAGCAGCAACCCCACAGAGCGCCAUGACCCCAGCCUGCCCUACCUGGAGCAGUACCGCAUCGACGUGGAACAGUUCAAAGGCCUGUUCAACCUGCUGUUCCCCUGGGCCAACGGAGCCCACUCAGACCCCCUGGCCGUGCGCUUCUUUCGUCUCCUUGAUCAAAACGGAGAUGCCCUCAUAAAUUUCCGGGAGUUCAUCAACGGCCUUGGUGUUCUGUAUCAUGGCGACCUCACUGAGAAGCUGAAGCUCCUCUACAAGAUGCAUGUUUUACCUGAGUUCACUCAUGAACAGGAAGAGCCUGACUCUGCCUUUGAAGCCACUCAGUACUUCUUUGAAGACAUCACUCCAGAAACAUCCAUCGGCCAGGAUUCAAAGUGCAGAAGUGAGAAGGAUGAUGGCUUUGUCAGAGUUACAUUCAAGACUGAAAAAGUGAAGAAACUGAACACUCCUGAUUACCGUCAUUACCUGAAACUGUGGAAUCAGGAGACGAAGCCUAAACUGGAAAACACAAAAGACCUUCCCAAACUGAAUCAGAGUCAGUUCAUCGAGCUUUGCAAGACUCUCUACAGCAUGUUCAGCGAGGAUGUGGCGGAACAGGAGCUCUAUCACGCCACAGCCACAGUCACCAGUUUGCUGCUGGAAAUGGGAGAAGUGGGCAAGCUCUUCUCCUCUGGUAGAAAGGACCACAACCAGGAAGGCAAAUCAGAGCCGAGCAUGUGUAUGGGAGAUCCCAAAACCUCACAGGAAGCGGGCCCUGAUGACGUGUUCCAGCAGCGGGAUCAGGAAGACGCCUUUGUCUCUGCAGGUCUGGAGAACAAGCCGAGCCCCUGUGAGGAGGAGAAAGGGGACGAAGGCUGCGAGCAGCUGCCACCUAUGCAAGACAUCAAGCUGGAGGACUCGUCUCCAAAAGACACAGGCACGUCAUCCGCCAUGCUUAUUUCUGAUGAUGAAACCAAAGAUGACACAUCAAUGUCAUCUUACUCGGUGCUCAGCGCAGGCUCACAUGAGCUGGAUGAGAAGCUGCAGUGCGAGGACAUUGCAGACGACACGGUGCUGGUGCGCAGCGACAGCGGGUCCAACGGUGAAAGAAGUAACCGGCCUCACGGCAGCGGACCUCACAGCCGAGGGCUGCCUCACAGCACGAGCAUUGAUAAAGACUGGGCCAUCACGUUUGAGCAGUUCCUGGCCUCUGUGCUCACUGAGCAGGCCCUGGUGCAUUACUUUGAGAAGCCAGUGGAGGUGGCGGCUCGUAUAACUAACGCCAAGAAUGUGCGUAAAGUCGGGCGCCCCCUGCUGUCAUCAAGUGACUAUGAGAUCUCGCUAUCCGGCUGAGGCCUCUAAGGAGAUUUCACACAGAGACUUGUGCUGUUUUAAAAGGGAAACAUGAUUAUCAGUCAUUGGUGUAAAAACGUCUCAGUGGGUUUUAGAGGCUGAUGAAGGUAAAUGUAAAAUGUGUGUGUAUGAUAGUUGAAUGAAUGUGACCAAAAACUGCUCUUAGCAAUGUAUUUUAUCAGAUGUGAAAGACUUUUAUUAUAACAAUCACUAGAUUCUGCCCAGCUAAGAGGAAACAGCACAUUAAUAUUAAGGUUUGCUCAGAUGAAAUCAGUGUGUACAUGUAGUAGCUGUACUUUAUAAGACAUUAUGCAUAGGUGUUAAUAUUGUAAUCUCUAGUACUCUUAGACUAUAGAUGUAAAUGUCCACAGAUACAGUACAGGUUCAAACUGGGAUAUUAAGAGUCUACGUACGAUCACCUAAAAUUAUAUCUGGUCAAACUAUUGCUUCCUUACUUUAAAUCCUUUUUUGCUGCUAAUCAAUACUUUUUCUUUAGUUUCUGAUCAAAUGACAAUAUGGGAAAAAAAAAACUAAACAAUGCUGUGAAACUUCAAAAGGAAAGUGAAAUUUCAGGUGUUAUUGUAUAAAUUGUUCUUUUGGCUCCACACGACUUUGAAAUGAUGUUUCACUUUGGCAAAUCACAUUUGCCUUUUUCACACACAAAUAUAUGACCUUCUACAUAUUCACUCCGCAAAAUAAUGUGCCCUGUAAAUGUUCUAGUUAUUUUUUUCAAAUUAUUAUUGGUAAUAACAAACAACUAUAACAAUAAUGGAAAACGUAAAAAUUACACAACCACUGACUCGAAUCAAAACAAGUCAUUUCUCAUCUGUUACGAUGGGCAAAAGCAUUUUUGAUGGUCCAGGAAUUCAAAGGAAAGUAUGUUUGUGCUACAAAAUAAUUACACUAAAAAAUGCUGUUGUAUGAAGAGCCUGCUCGUUCUUUGUUUACAUCAUCAUGUGAUCCACUAAUAUGUAUUUGCUUGCCUUUUGCGUAGCUGUUGUCUGCACUCCAAACUGAAAUGUUGGCCUUUUUUAACAUGUUUUUACCUUCUUGCUCUGUAUAUGAUUACAUUGCUGUUUUUUAAGUUGUUUUUAUGUGAAUAAUUUUUAUUUUAUAUGUCCAUUUGUCUAUGCUCUGGAUUCUGAUGCAUUGAGAGUCACUCCAUCGAAUUAAAAUUACAGUAUGACCAAUUCAACACUGCA